AUGGGACACCGCCCGCGGCUACCCGGAUCCCCCCGGGGGCCCGACCCACCGCCCCCGCUCCACUUAGAGCUCCCGCUGCCGCUGCCGCCGCCGCCGCUGCUGUUGCUGCUGGCGCUGGCGGCCCACGGGGGCUGCGCCGCGCCCGCGCUCCGCGCCGAGGACCUCAGCCUGGGAGUGGAGUGGCUAAGCAAGUUCGGCUACCUGCCGCCAGCUGACCCCAGGACAGGGCCACUGCAGACCCAGGAGGAACUGUCCAAAGCCAUUAGCACCAUGCAGCAGUUUGGUGGACUGGAGACCACUGGAAUCCUAGAUGAGGCUACUCUGGCCCUCAUGAAGACCCCACGCUGCUCCCUUCCAGACCUGCCCCAUGGGAUCCGUGCGCGAAGGAGGCGCCAGGCUGCCCCACCAACCAGGUGGAACAAGAGGAACCUAUCAUGGAGAGUGCGGACAUUUCCACGAGACUCACCCCUGGGCCGGGACACAGUGCGUGCGCUCAUGUAUUACGCCCUCAAAGUCUGGAGUGAUAUCACACCCUUGAACUUCCAUGAGGUGGCAGGCAACACAGCUGACAUCCAAAUCGACUUCUCCAAGGCCAACCACAAUGAUGACUACCCCUUCGAUGGCCCUGGAGGCACCAUAGCUCAUGCCUUCUUCCCAGGAGAUCACCACACUGCAGGAGACACCCACUUUGACGACGACGAGGCAUGGACCUUCCGCUCCUCAGAUGCCCACGGAAUGGACCUGUUUGCAGUGGCCGUCCAUGAGUUUGGCCAUGCCAUUGGGCUGAACCAUGUAGCUGCCUCCAGCUCCAUCAUGCAACCAUACUACCAGGGCCCUGUGGGUGACCCACUGCGCUAUGGACUCCCCUAUGAGGACAGAGUGCGCAUCUGGCAGCUCUAUGGUGUGCGGGAGUCUGUUUCUCCCACGGCACAGCUGGACACCCCAGAGCCUGAGGAGCCGCCCCUCCUGCCAGCACCCCCAGACAAUCGGUCCAGCACCCUGCCUCGAAAGGAUGUGCCUCACAGAUGCACAGCCCAUUUUGAUGCUGUGGCCCAGAUCCGUGGCGAGGCUUUCUUCUUCAAAGGCAAGUACUUCUGGCGGCUGACUCGAGACCGGCACCUGGUGUCCCUGCAACCAGCUCAAAUGCACCGCUUCUGGCGGGGUCUGCCACUGCACCUGGACAGUGUGGAUGCUGUGUAUGAGCGCACCAGUGAUCACAAGAUCGUCUUCUUUAAAGGAGACAGAUACUGGGUGUUUAAGGACAAUAACGUAGAGGAAGGAUACCCGCGGCCUGUCUCCGACUUCAGCCUCCCACCGGGCGGCAUCGAUGCAGUCUUCUCCUGGGCCCACAAUGACAGGACUUAUUUCUUUAAGGACCAACUCUACUGGCGCUACAAUGAUCACACACGGCGCAUGGACCCUGGCUACCCCGCCCAGGGCCCCCUGUGGAAGGGUGUCCCCAGCAUGCUGGAUGACGCCAUGCGCUGGUCCGAUGGUGCAUCUUACUUCUUCCGUGGCCAGGAGUACUGGAAGGUACUGGAUGGUGAGCUGGAGGUGGCACCUGGGUAUCCACAGUCCACAGCCCGUGACUGGCUUGUGUGUGGGGAGCCACUGGUUGGUGCAAAAGAUGCAGGUCCAGAGCCACAGAGCGGCAGCAGAGCACAGGAUGGCCUGGCUGUGUGCUCCUGCACCUCAAAUGCAUGCAGAUCUGCACUGCCAUCUCUACUACUGCUGCUGCUGUCAGCAUGGCAGCUGCUGUGGACUGAGGCCCCUGCCCAGGUGCCCUGAGGGCAGUGCUAACCUUGAGAGACCAAGCAGCCAGGGAGGGCAAGGAUACACCAGCCACUGGACAGUAGGGGACACACCAAGUGGCCCAGCCAUGAGAGAAUAACCACCCCAUCAGUAGAGUCCCUCUGCCUUUCCCUCCUGGAGCAGCCAUGGAAUGGCGCUUCUUCCAUCUGCUCACCAUGCCACUGCUGAACCUUGGGCGGCUAACCAGCCAAGUAUGACUCACAGCCUUGGGAUGCCUCACCUACUCUGGAGCAGCUCUGACACCUCAUUCGGGCUGAUGGGGAAUGAAAACCAUCCUCCCAGUGUCUACAGGGUCACUGUCCGUUUUAUAGCUAGGAAAGUUAAUGAUCAAUUAGGAGACAAGCACCUACCCAGAUGUCUAAGCCAGUGCCACCUGUAGCAGCCUGCCUGUCUGUCCUCAUGCUGGGGACCACUCAUACUCAGGACCUGUCUGGAGGUGCACAGACACCCAGCAGAAGUCACCCCCCCCUGGCUCCCAGACAGGCAGGAAAUGGAGGCUGUGUCCUGUCCCCUCUGCUCCCUCUUCCUACUCAGAGGGACUCAUGGAUCUCCCUAAGAUAGCACUGGACAGGAGUGUGUCUGUGAAAACUUCCCUCAGCUGCCCUGCUGGUGCCUAUGGCUGCAGCAUGACAUUCUGUGGAGCCCCUGACUGAGGCCCUGGGGGUGAUAUUCAUAGCCAUCCCCUCCCCCAACUGUGGAUGGGGCUUCAAACACUUGUAGCAAAGAUGUGGUUCAAUUAGGUAAGGAUAGCGUGGUGAGCCAUGGGCCCGAGGUGGUGGCACCAUGUGCAUGACAGGUGGAACACAAGGGAACUGGCAGUGCUGCUUAGGGAUCCUUAGGCCACGUCAGCACCUUCAGUGUCCCUAGGAGCUGUGUCACUGUCACCUCCUGGCCCUGUCCGGGACUUGGUAGAAGUAGGAACUGUGGAGGAGGGACCAUUCUGAGUGACAGGCCUUUGAGAGAUUGGUCCAGAAAAGCUCCCUGAGCAAGGAGGGAGGUGGAUCCUGUGAUGCAGUGAUCUCAAAGAGGGAAACCCCAUUGGGAAGAGCUAGCUAGUGCAAAGGUCUAGGAGUGAGAUGCCUUCAGGCAGGGUCAUCUGUGUGGGCUCCAUGGCACAGUAAGGCACUGGGGUUCACUCCACAAUACACAUGGCAAGUUACUGAUUCCACACAUUCCUUCCCAGCUGACCUUGUCCCGUUUCACAGGUAAGAAAGACUUUUUACACACUUGGGUCAUACUUUCCAUACCUGGAGCUGGUGUCGUUCGCCUGAUCCCAGGCUAGGCUUGAAUGCUCAGAAUGAGUGAGCAACCAAGGUCAACAGAAAUCUAGCUCCUAGCAAGACCUGUGCUUUCCUCCCCUCCCCAAGCCUGGCUGCAUCCUGCACCCACCUGCUUACCAUCUUCUGGAGCUGGGCAUAGGCUAGUGGGCUGAUAGUCCCUAGACAUCAGCCCCCCCCACCAAAAAAAAAAAAAACUGCCUUGUGUCAAGCACGUUCCUGUGGUGUCUUGUGUCCAUCAGCCUGCAAAGUCCAGCCAUCUCUUGCUGUAGGAGAGAUGGCCUAGCCAAGGUUCUGAGGUCCUUUGUCAUAGCACUAGAACCAGGCCUGCAGAAUGGGCCGUCUGUCUGCUGGUAUCUCACUCAUUUUAAAGCCCAAACUAAUAAAACUUUUCUACAUUG